AUGCCCGAUAUCAGAAGCUUCUUUGCUCCCAAAGGAGGCAGCCAAACUUCACUCAAUGAUAAAGCCAAAUACACAUCUACCCCUGCUAAGAAGAAAGCUGCAGCUCGAAAGCGGAGGGUCGUCGAUUCUGAUGAUGACGAUGAAGAACCUCUAAAGAAAUCAACUCCGAAAAUAGCAUUGCCCAAAACAACAGCAAAAUCUGCGAAGAAAGAAGAGAAAUUAGAACCCACAACUACCUCUGACUAUUUCAAGAGUAACGGCAAAAACAAAAUUGUACGGACUGCCCCAGUCAGGCCGAAAAAAGUGAAGCCGGAGGUAAACCCAGAGGAAGAAAAUUACAUUGACGAUGACGACGAUAUCGAUCUUGGAAUUUUUGCCGACCAGUUCAAAAAGCAUGAGGACGACUACCAAGAAGAAAAGCGGGACGAGGAGAUGGAAGAUUUCGUUCCCGACGCAGAGCAAAACGAUGAAGAGAAGGAGGACGAAAAAGCGGAAGCAACAAAAUCAAAGAGGAAACCCGCCGCCUCAAGUAGCAAGCGGAAAAAAUUGCCUUCUGAUGAUGAAGAUGAAGAAGUUGUAAUGAAGCCAAGGAGAAAACCUACAACCAGGACGAAAAAAAGAUCUUUACCCUCCGAGGACGAGGAAGAAGAGGAGGAGGUUGAGGAAGAGGAUGAAAAGUUAAAGUCAAAGGCUAAAAAACCAGUUGCUAAGAAGACACGGGCUCCCGCUCCCAAGAAGAAGAAGGAAGAACACAUCGAGGACGAAGAAGUCAGAAAAAUACUUGAUAGUGUCCCCACCGUUAGAGCACCUUCGCCUCCACCGCGUUCGGGGGAAGAAAAGAAGUUUAACUUUAGGGACUUCAAACAAAGGGCUGGCCCAGGGGCACAAGGAACUGUGGAAAUGCCAGAGGGUGAAGAGAAUUGUUUGACUGGCUUAACAUUUGUAUUCACAGGCGUUCUAGGAAGCUUAUCAAGGGAGGAUGGCCAGCAACUUGUCAAGAAAUAUGGAGGUAAAGUUACCGGAGCACCGUCUAAAAAGACGUCUUACGUAGUCCUAGGUGACGAUGCUGGUCCAAAAAAGCUAGAUACUAUCCGACAACAUGGUUUAAAAACAAUUGGAGAGGAGGGUUUAUUCCACUUGAUUCGUACACUUCCUGCAAACGGUGGCGACCACGCAGCCGCAAAGGCAAACGAAGCCAAAAAAGCAAUUGAAGAAACCAAAAUUCGCGAAAUGGCAAAAGAAAUGGAUAAAGUGACCAAGUCAAAGAGUAAAGAGGCGGUUCUAAAGGAGGCUGAUCAGCUUUGGACGGUUAAAUAUGCCCCUACACAAAUAAAUCAAAUUUGUGGCAAUAAAGGGCAGGUGGAAAAGUUACAAAAGUGGCUCAGAAACUGGCCAAAAAACUUGAAGUCUGAUUUUAAAAAGAGAGGAGAAGAUGGAAGCGGGGUUUUUCGGGUGGCCAUGAUUCAUGGUCCUCCAGGUAUCGGGAAGACUAGUGCUGCGCAUUUAGUUGCCAGGUUGGAGGGUUAUGAUGUCGUUGAAACCAAUGCCAGUGAUACUCGAAGCAAAAAGUUAAUGGAGGAAACUUUUCGUGAGGUUCUUGAUAAUAGGUCGCUCAUGGGCUACUUUGCCGGAGACAAACAGAAAGUCGAUGCCUCUAAGCAGAAGCUUGUUCUGAUAAUGGACGAGGUGGACGGUAUGUCCGCCGGUGACCGCGGCGGUGUAGGCCAACUUGCAGGUCUAUGCAGAAAAACUCAGAUUCCCAUAAUUUGCAUUUGCAACGAACGAAAACUGCAAAAAAUGAAACCUUUCAAUAAUGUAACAUUUGAUAUGCCGUUUAGGCGUCCAAAUGUCAACGAAGUCCGCUCUAGAAUUAUGUCUAUUGCUUAUCGCGAAGGAAUCAAGCUUCCUGGAAAUGUCAUUGACCAGCUUGUUGAGGGAACACACUCGGAUAUUCGGCAAAUCAUUAAUAUGUUGUCUACAUACAGCACAACUCAAUCAAGUAUGAGUUUUGAGGAAAGUAAAGAUUUAGCUAAAUCAUGGGAAAAACAUGUAGUCCUCAAACCUUGGGAUAUUGCGCAGAAACUUUUAGGCACCGAAAUGUUCAACCCUAACAGUAAAAAGACGCUCAAUGACAAAAUAGAGCUUUAUUUCAACGACCACGAGUUUUCGUAUCUCAUGGUUCAAGAGAAUUACCUCAAAACCAAUCCUGCAAGGGCUGGUAAUUUUAGGGGAAGAGAGAGAGGCUUGAAAUUACUGGAAUUGGCGGAUAAUGCUGCUGAAAGUAUCUCGGAUGGUGAUUUGGUUGACGCACUUAUUCAUGGGCCACAGCAGCAAUGGAGCCUAAUGCCGGUUCAUGGCAUGUUUUCGACUGUGAAACCAUCCUCAUAUAUGUAUGGCGGGUACGGUGGCUCUCAACAUUCCUUCACACAGUGGUUGGGAAUGAACUCCAAGCAAGGCAAACUGGGACGUUAUGUUAAAGAAAUUCAAUCGCAUAUUCGGCUGCGUGCGUCUGGAGAUCGUCAUGAAGUCCGACAAAAUUACAUACCAACCUUGCACAACUUGAUUGUUAGACGCCUUGAGUCUGGAGGCAAAGAUGCCAUUCCAGAUAUCAUUCAACUCAUGGAUGAUUACUUCUUAACAAAGGAGGAUUGGGAUGCUAUCGUAGAGCUUGGCGUUGGCCCCAUGGCUGAUAGCAGUUUAAACAUAUCCUCUCAAACGAAAACUUCAUUUACUAGACUAUACAACCAGAUGUCUCACCCCAUGCCGUUCAUGAAAGCCACCAGUGACUCUGCACCUAAGGCUGUGAAAAAGGAAGUCCCUGACAUUGAGGACGCAAUUGUAGAAAGCGAGGAUGAAGGUGCCAUUGGUGAAGAAGAUGCAGAAGCAAAAAAGGCCGAAGACGACUCAAUGGAUAUAAGCAAAGACAAAUAUGUCAAGGUCCCGAAGAAGGUAACGGGAAAGGGAAGGGGGGGAACUUCUGGGGAUGAGAAGCCCAAAACGACCAGAAGCAAACCUGCAGCAAAAUCAAAAGCCAGCAGUGGAGCCUCAACCAAGGGACGUGGGAAGGCAAGGAAGUAA